AUGAAUCGCAACGUGAAAAUGACUGGUGGCUCGUUGAUCUUUACAGUUCAGGUGAGAGCAUUGCUAUCCUACUUGAAAUUGGCUGCUGAACAGUGUACGGACGCACCCACAACUAUUGUAACUCAAAUUCGACAAUUCUAUCAACUACAUACGUCUCCGUAUGAUGGGGAAAAGUUUCUCCAUGUUCGAUUUUACGAACGCGAGCAAAACUAUGAAAUCGCGACAAGAUGGAAAAGGCUACUAGGAGCUAAGCUAAAGAGUCUGAAUCAAAUUCUACGUAAUGAAUGGCUUCGCAUCUGUCUUGAGAGACUAGAGCCAUUUCGCUCCUUGUGGAUGAGUUUCCAGCUCGGCUCUUUUCCACUCAUACUGAGCUGGCGAUGUAGACAGGAGAUUGAAUGCUAUUUGGUCCAGAUGUAUGAGAUCUGGUACACAAUCACAGGUGGUGAUGCGCACCUCUGUGAUGAGUACACCAUCGAGAAGCUUGGGGGCCUUGCACCUCUGUGGAGUUCCCGCGACCGCUCCAUGAUUGAAGGCUUAUUCGCCAGACAUCAGGUCUUUCCUCGCGUACAUGAUACCGGUGUACGCGCUCAGAUCUGUCAAAGGGUGCUUGCUAUCGAAGGACUUAUCCCAAAUUUCCAGACCUUUUUCAAACAUGUAAAAAUACUGGGACCGGUUAUGCUUCCUCUAAGAGAAUUGCUCCCACCCGGCAAGUUACACCCUUCAAAAGAUGAAUUCAACCUAGUGUCCAGACACCUUCCCUCAGUAAGAGACAUACUACUUCAGAAUUGCUACGAGCGGCCUGGACAAAAUAGGCAACAAUGCCUUCUACAAUAUAGCGAGCAUGAUGAGCGCUUUAUUGAAUGUAUCGACCCAGGACUGCAUUCGUAUUGGCAACUCUGUCUCUAUUUAUUGCGCCACGUGCAGGAUCAUCAGAACUACCGCAAGGAACAACGUGACCAGGCGCAGCUGUUGGAGCGCCCUGGAUGGGUAAUUCGACUUGGUAGAUUUGCACGCAGGCUUGGGUUUCAGUCUGACACGAUCUCUUCUCUCUGCAACCAAGAUCCUGACCUUUCGCAAAUCCGCAUGCAUAUGCUUCAAGAACGGCCAAGUGUCUUCUUCUCUGCACCGGCCGAUAAGUUCAAUGCAGAGGCCUAUUCACGCCAAAGAAGUCAAGUAAUCUUUGAACCUCGCCUACCUGCUCCUACUCCUCUGAUGACGACUGACAGCGUGAAUACGACCCGGGUGCCUAGGAACCACCCACAGUUAUUUCUUCCCACAAUAUGGAGCGCUCUUACACAAGAGCCGAGAUACGCGUUAACGGAGUUCGGAGAGCUUGUGUUAAUCUCCAUGUCCUUCUUCGAGAAAUUUGGGUCAAGCGCCGUUGGCGGUACUCAGGGGGGUUCUCAACCAGCCCAACUGUUAUUACGCUCGUCUUCCGUCUACUCGGUACCGUUAUAUCCCGAGGAUCUAGCUAGGCCCUACGGCGCCAACAUCACGUUCUGGCAUCUGCCCCAGGGUUGGGACAUAAGUCCACUCGCGGAGUACAGAUGUGAUGCAACUUAG